CAACGUGAAAUUCGUAUCACAAUGUCAACACAGUCAGUUUCUUAAUUAAAAUGUACAUUAAAUUUCAUACAAUAACAAUUUACAUUGAGGAAUAGGAUUUACAUAUUAUGAAGAGUCAAAAAUCCUGGGUGUUAUGAAUUAUUAUACAGUGAACAAGAAAAAAUGACAUACUAGCACAAAAAAUUCAGAGAGAGAGAAACACUUAAAUACUCCAAUUAAGAGCUGAAGUAGGUACUCCAAUGAAGAACAGUUGAAAUCUUCAAUGAAGAACAGUUGAAAUCUCCAAUGAAGAACAGUUGAAAUCUUCAAUGAAGAACAGUUGAAAUCUCCUAUUAUCUCGGUUAUCACACGACUGUAGGUAUUUAUCAUUUUAUCUAUUUGUUCAUUAGUAUAUGGUAAAAGAACCUUUAAACCUUGGAUCCUGUUUAUAGUAGUUGAUAAAAUGGGAAGUAACCAAAACCUAUCCGAUAAUUUAAACGAAAACAUAAUUAUCGUCGCUAUAAGGCUGCCAGUAGGUUUCGAGAGAAACGUUGAAAACGAACUAGUUAAAAUUGAAACAGUUGAUGGACUAGUUUGUUGUAUGAAACAGUUGAUCGUUGAGAAAAACGGUUACUGGAUCGGCAGAACCGAGGACCUAGAUUGUAACGAGAGUGGAAGCUUAGAACACGAAGUCAACCCAGACGAAUAUAAUCGACAAAUACAUUGGAGCUCCAUUCCACCGGCUAGACUUGUAUCAGUUACCAUUGAUAAAUCAGUUUAUGAUGUGUUUUAUAACCUGUGUUGUAAGGGAUCGUUCUGGCCUUUGUUGCAUUCCAUGCCAGAUAGGGCAAGUUUCAAUCGAGAACAUUGGAAAGUGUACUGUUCUGUAAAUGAAGCAUUUGCUAACAAAACUGUGGAGGUACUAGAACGGUUAGCAGGUGAUGAAGAUACACGUCCAAUAUGUAUUUGGAUCCACGACUACCAUAUGCUCAUGGUUUCAAGCUUCAUCCGUGCUGCAGCCAACGAGAAAAACUUUAACAUCAAGAUAGGUUUCUUCUUACAUUCUACAUUUCCACCUUGGGAUGUGUUUAAAAUCCUUCCAUGGGCCGAUGAAGUGCUACAAUCACUCCUAGAGUCUGACCUGAUAGCCUUCAACAUACAAGCAUACUGUUUGAAUUUUGUUGACUGUUGUCAGAGAUGCCUAGGUUGUCGCGUGGAUAGAGACAAGCUCCUAGUUGAGAACGGAUCACGGUCUGUUUGUGUCAGAGCGAUGCCGAUUGGCAUCCCCUUCAAGGAAGUUGAGGAGCUGUUGAAAACUCUACCACCAAACGGCUCCAACGAAAUCAAGGAGAUUGUCUGUGUUGAUAGGUUGGAUUUCAUCAAGGGUAUACUACACAGGCUUUAUUCGUAUGAGACGUUCCUACAGAAAUACCCAGAGUUCCAUGGGAAGGUUUUUCUGCUUCAAAUAACGAUCCCUUGUAGAUCUGAUUUGGAUGUGUUCAAAUCGUUGAAGGUUGAAAUCGAUCAACAAGUUGGAAGGAUCAACGGGUUAUUUGCAACAACUAAAUGGACUCCGAUACAGUAUAUUUACGGGGUCGUGGAUCAGAUUGUGUUGUUUAAAAACUUACGUGAUGCAUCAGUAGCUAUGAUCACACCGCUACGCGACGGUAUGAAUAUGAGUGCUAAGCUUUUUGUGGCCUGUCAGAUGAACAGUCCACCAGGUGUGUUACUACUGUCAAAGUUCGCUGGAACAGCUGAUACCAUGGAGGAGGCGCUACAGUGUAAUCCUUACGAGAAGGAGGGUGUGGCUGAUUCGUUGUAUAGAGCGCUAACUAUGCCCAAUGAUGAACGAGAAGCCCGUAUGAUUGCGUUGAGGAAACGGGAGAUGCAGAAUGACUCAGUGAGUUGGAGUCGCUCGUUUCUGGACGCCAUCGGAUCGACAGUGAAACGGGAAGGAUCGCCGUUGUAUAAUUUAGAUAUGAGACCUCUGGAAAUCAAUGAUUUCAACGAUUAUCUACCAAAAUACAUAUUUAAAUCGGAGAAAUUAGCGUUGAUAACUGAGUAUGACGGUACAUUAGUUCCCUCGAAUCCAUCUCCACCUCAUUCCUCGGGGAUUCCAGCUAGUACAUACGAGAUACUCCAACGGUUAGUUGAGAGGCCCAACAUGAAUAUCUGUGUGAUUUCUGGUAGAACAGCUCAAAACUUGAAGGAUAUCAUCGGAAUUGAAAAACUAAUCUACGCGGGAAAUCAUGGGCUGGAAAUUUUGUACCCAGACGGUAGCAGGUUUAGCUAUCCAAUGCCUGACGAAUUCAAAGAUACAUGCAGUGUUUUGUUGCAGAGUCUACAGGAGUUGACUUGUAGAGAGAGUGCCUGGGUUGAGAACCAGGGUGCGAUUGUUACCCUACAUUUGACCCCGAUACCGAAGCCGUUGCGACCAGAUUUGAUUCGGAAAGCGCGCGGAUUGAUUGAGAAAGUUGGGUUUCACGCCAGGAUUUGUGACGAGGUGAUCGAGGCCACCCCACCGGUGGCGUGGAACGCGAGUCAGGCGGUGAUUUGCAUUAUGCGGACCGUGUUCGGGAUUGAUUGGAGUGAGAGGGUCGGCAUGAUACUGGUCGGAGACUCUCUGUCGGACGAGGAGGCGUUUGAGAAGUUGCGGGGUGUUGCGGCAACUUUCAGCGUGGUGAGUAGUGUACGCUCUAAGACGUCUGCUGAACGGAGACUGUAUAGUAUUGAGUCGGUUCAUACACUGCUGGAUUGGAUCGAUAACUAUUUGAUGAGGAAGCAGAAUGGGAGCGGGUAUAACGGAUUUUUCUGAGAAAAUUAUUUGAUUCUAAUAAACCCAAUUUCAAUAUAAAUUAGUGGAGUCAAAACAUUUUUCAAAAGAAACUACAGCAUUGAGUCUCUUCUUACACUGCUUGAUUGGAUAGACAACUAUUUGAUGAGGAGGAAAAACGGGAGCGGAUAUAACGGAUUUUAGUAAGCUAAUAAUUCGAUUU